AUGCUGCUGUUUCUGCUCAAGGUCUUUCUUCUCGCGGCGCUGUUAGUCGGCGCCGUCUACUACUUCUUUUUGCUGCCCCCAAAAUACCCGCAAAACAUCCCGGCAAUCCCCUUCUGGGUUACUCUCAUACCUUUCUUCAAAGACGUCGACCAGUCAGACAUUUUCCGCGACUACAUCGACCAGCCGCUGCGGACCCACGGGGCAGUCAAGAUCUUCUUUGGCGCCCAGUGGAAUGUUCUGGUCCAUCGGCCAUCGUACCUGGUUGAGAUAUUCAGAGACGAGGACCUCUACGAAAAGAGCGGCAACCAGAAGAAGAUUCCUCACAGCGUCCUGGCCGAGUUCCUCGGUAGGCACCCGCAAACCCGCCACCUCCUUGCGCGAGAAUCCUUGCUGACCUCGAAACCAGGCGACAACGUCAUUUCCGCGAGAGGCGACGUGUGGAAGAACUACCGCGCAGUCAUCAAGCCCGGCCUCCAACGGAACGUCGACGUAGACGUGAUCGAGAACAAUGCCGUCGGUCUUUGUCGCCUCCUCCGCGAAUCCCAACAGCGGGCGGGGCGAGGCGGCGUCGCUGUGCAGGACCUGCUGCAGCGGUAUUCCGUCUCCAACUUCACCGAGGCCGUCCUUGGCACCACGCUCCAUGCACUCGACCGGGCUGAUGCUCCUAUCAAUCUCCUCCAGACGGCGGUCAAGAAAGAGAUCUUCAAGCCAAUCUUUAUGAGCUUUCCCUUUCUCGACCGCCUGCCUCUCAAGUCUCGCUUGGCGGCGAGGCGCACUGUGGGCCUUUUCAAGAACGAGCUCAAACGAGGGCUGCAGGCGAGCCACUACCUUCACAAGCCUGCGGAGAAGGCAUCCUUGUCGGACCCGUCGGACAUGUUGGGCAAGCGAAUGCUUGACGCGCGAGCCUCGGGCCAGUGGGAUGAGAAGCAGCUCCUCGACAACCUCACGGUGGCCUUCGUGGCUGGCCAGGAGAACCCGCAGCUGGCCAUGAUAUCGAGCCUGUAUCUGUUGGCAAAGCAUCCAGAGGCGCAAGAGGCUUUGCGCCAAGAAAUCAUUUCCAAGGGUGCCAAGUCUGCAGCAGAUCUGGCCAAAGAGGACAUGCCGUAUCUUACCUCCCUCAUCUACGAGUGCCUGCGGCUGUUCCCUCCCAUUGGCCAAUUGAUCAACAGGAAGGCGGCGGAAACUGCAGUUCUGGGCGGCGACGUCGUCAUCCCGAAGGGAACGUGGGGUUGCUCCUCGGAGGCAAUCCAACAAAACUACCGACGCCGCCGAGCGAGGGGCGAGUGGAUCAGUUUUCACGGUGGUGAGGAAAAGAGUCAUGUUCUCUUGUCGUCCUGA